CGAGCGAGAGGGACGGUUCGCGAUUGCGUCGUUACAGCCGCGUCUGCAGCCGAAUCGUCCGACGAAUGUUUUUGAUAUCCUCGUAUCACCUGUUGCUCGUUAUCCGUAAUAAUCCGUUCGUCCGUAGUUCACUGUAAUUUUCUUUACCUAUGAGGUGGGACGGGCAGUUCGAAUUUCAAGUCAAUCGCCAUCGAAACGCACGUGUCGUUUUCAUCCCGGGACAUCCGACUCUUAGACUCUGCCCUAAAAUCGAUAAGACUUAUCAUCCAUUAAUAAUCGUCACGUAUGAAAGCACAAAGCAGGAAUGGAUUACACCGAUCAACUAUAAGAUAUAGGAUAACACGCUCAUACUUAUAUACCAGUUCAAAACUGUGCCUUGUGUUGUUGUUGCUGUACCAUCGAACAAGUGACAUUUACACUGACCUAUCUCGACACUGUCUCUCUGACUCGCGAGGGAAACGCACGUUCGAUCUUCCAUCCUGCAGCACGGUUUCAUUCUAUAUGACAAUCGGUUAUUAAUUUUUUAAUUUCAUACAAAAAAAUGCGCAGGUUCGUCGAGUGAACAAAUCCUGUUGUCUCAUCGUCGACCUCACGUGGCUCCAUGAUAAGAAAAUCGUUACGAUCAACCAGAAGUUGAUAGUCCAAAGGUAAAGGAUUCAAAUAUUGGCCACCUGUAUCAGAACUGAUUCGAUCAAAGGGAACCGCCAGAUUCGUAGGGUUUAUUUGGAAGAAAACACUUUGAAGAUACAAACAUCCUUUCUUCUACUGAAUUUGUUUGACGUUUCUGAGCAGAAGAAUCGAAGGGUUAUGAUUGAUUUCAAACUAUCUGUAACGCGAUAAGCUUCACCAACGAAAGUGAAGCGGUGUAAAGUGAAGUGAAGUGAAGUGAAGAGGGUUUUUAGCCGUAGCAGAAUUUUUCAGUAAUUAUCGCGGAAAUAAAUUGUCCCUGGUUUCUGUUCUGUGUUCUGUUUUCAUCUAUCAUUUAUCGACUAUAGACGUGUAUGCAGUUGAUAUAUUUUACGAUCAGAUCCAGGUUGAUCAUUUUAUGGAAAAGUUGAGAAUGUGGUGUUGUGCGGACAUAAUCAGAGAUUACACAAUUACUCCGAUUCUUUAUUUUGUUAUUAAAUGCUCUUAAUAACACCGCGUGCAACUGACACGUAAACACUUCGCUGUUCGCAAGGUGCGUCCGUUGGUGUACACAGGUACCUCAUAUCCGAUGGUACAAACUUUGCGUGACUUUCGCGUUCCGCUGACGCCGCAACAGCAACAGCGGACAGCCAACGUCAAAGGGGACGAAGUAUAAAUAAUACCGAGAACCAGGAACUUGCAAUUUGCUGGCGACACUGCGUUGAAAAUAAUAACUUGCAUUUAUGACUCGGUAUAAGUUUGUCCGGAGUAUCAGAAGCUGUUCAGUCGAGAGGUCCAUUGCCCGUGUUGGACGACUCCGACGUGGUACGGUGCGGCGCUUCCUUUCUAAAUAGGUCAGUGCCCUGGAUCAGUGCGUACGAGAAGACGCAAUAAUGUAAUCGAUAAAGAUCGAUGAAUACAUCAUACGCGACGGACGAUCUGAUUGUUUUUUUUUCAAUUUUAUUUCAAAUACGCAGUGUUUUCCACUUUAAUGGUGAAUAAUCUUCGCUCCAUAUCGGUUCGACGGACAUUGAUUAAUAAUUACCGAUAAUGCGCCCACGUGACUCCAACGACACUUGACCUCAACCCUACUUUGGCUAGUCGAUGACAAACGUCAAUAGGAUCAGGGUGGUCGUCCUCGGCGGCCCCAGAGUCGGCAAGUCUGCUGUGGUUGUCCGAUACCUGACCAGACGAUACAUCGGCGAAUACAGUUCUACCAGUGAUUUUCUCUACCGUCACAGUGUUACGAUUGAUAACGUAGCCACCGAGGUGGAGAUAUUAGAUACUUCCAGGUGCGAGGAAAGUGGCUGCCUCUACUCGCACAUACGAUGGGGCGAGGCUUUCGUCGUGGUGUACAGCGUGACCUGCAAGCGCAGUUUUCAGGAGGCGAGGGGCCUUCUGAAGCAACUCGCGGACUUGCGUCUGCCUUCCUACUUUACGGCCCUUCUGCUAGGAAACAAGCGCGAUCUCGAUCAUGCAAGAGAGGUGUGCGUAGACGAGGGUCAGCAAUUGUCGUUGGCUCACGGCUGCCAAUUCUACGAGGUCAGCGCUGCCGAAAGUCCCGCCGGUGCAGCCCUUGCGUUUCAAGCUCUCCUACGGGAGGCACGUUCCGUUCAACUCCUUCGUGCUCUGCCUAUACGACGAAAACUUGGUGUUCAUUCGGUUUCGCGAGUACUCGGGACAAUAUUCGGCAAAAAUGCUACCAAAGACCGAAAGAAAAGGCCAUCUUUGAGCAUAUGACGUAUCCUGUGCGCGCUUCUCCUCGGAGGAAGUGACGAUCCCAGGAAUAGGACGGACGUCGUUGUGCUGAGCAGCAGCGUGCACGGAACAUGAUAUCGUUAUUUAUUUACGAAUAUCCUUCUCGCUCUUAUGAAUAACACGUACUUACGUCGGUGAAACGAUUGUAACGAAAAAAAAAACUGGCAUGAAAUAUGAUGCACCUAGUUUGGUAGGAUCUAAAAAAUUCAUCAGCUGAGCUGAAAAAAAUAUAUUUAAUAUUUCAUACGGCAUGUGCGUGUACAGUGUGAGUUUUCAGCACGAGUGAUCGUUGGGUGAAUUCCGGAGACUGAGAACCGUCUUUUACGUUAUUUUUCUUCCUGCACAGGCGUAGAAAAUUUACUUCCGAAUAACUUUUGGCAAGUUAUCGGUUUGCAAGCACCGUAGCUACCAAUCUGCGUAAUCAAGGCUUCAAUUGGAACAGAGAGAUGAACAAUCGUUCAGUUCAUGAUACAUGAUUUUUAUAUUAAAAGUAUUAUACCUGAUCAUUGGUUUGAACGUUCCAUAUUCUUGAACUGGUAAUAGGAAAGAUAGAAAAAAUUCAGGAAUUGAGGCUCAAAGAAUCUUUCGUCGAAAAAGUAUUACACCUUAAAUUUACCGUACGUGCAUAUAUGUAGGUUGGAGUAUAAUGUUACGAGAUAAAAGUAGAUAGAAUUAGUGCCAUAGUUUCAAAAACUACAAUAAAUAUACGUGCCAAGCAUCGUGGGAUUGUUGCAAUUAAGUGAUCGUACAUCAGUUAGGUAAACUUAUGCGCUCGUGUGUAGAAGGGUACGAUAUAUAAAUUUGAUAUUUUACACGCAACGUUUAUUUUCCAUUCUGCAUUAAUUUUUCGGAGUAACUUUCAACGAAACGAAAAUUUCGCUUUCACUU